AUGGAUCCCAGUGGAACCAGUAAGGGUCCCGGGCCAGGCGGGAGACCCCCCAGUCCGUCCUCAGGGACACUCAUGGGUGCUAAAGGUGCACCCUCCCGGAGUGUUCAGAGGCCGAGGGUCAAGAUAACUCCCUUCCACAGCUCACCCAUCCUCAGCAAUGAUGGGACCCUCCGCAGCACACAUCCAGGCUUAUUUCUGAACUCACCUGGUCGUCUGGCUACUCCACCUGUCCGAGAGAGUUUACCUGCUGCAAGUGCUGCUGGGAGCUCCAAGCAGCCAGAUUCAGACCCUGUGCUGACCACAACAGGAGUAAAAGUUCAGCCGAGUCCUCCAGUGAUCAAGGUAUUGAUAAACUGGUGAAAGUAUGGGGGGCUGUUUUGAUAUCAAUAUUCAAUGCAUGAUCAGGACGAUGUUUUUCAUUUCUCAACCAUGCUCAGUGCCUUCUCAGAGACCAAACACAACCCACCCACUCUCUUCCAGCAGCCGCUUGUUUGUAGCGAGACCUCAGGCCAGUCCAUUAUGGACUGCAGUGGGGUGACGCAGCUCAAGGAAGAACAUUUAUGAUCUUUAUCAUUCCCUUGAAGUAAUAAUCACCAUAUUAAUCAUUUUGCACUGCAGACAUGGUAGUUCUUCUGCCUUAGUGUCUCGAUCUGAUUGCAUUUCCAUGAAGAAAUGAUCAUAAAUGUUGUUUCUUGAGCUGCGACACCCUGCAGCAGUCCAUAAUGGACUGGCCUAAGGUCUCACAACAAACAAGCGGCUGCUGGAAGAGAGUGGGUGGGUUGUGUUUAGUCUCUUUGUUAAAGAAAUUAGGCAAAGUUAAAAAGAUGUUUGGUGGCUGGGACCCUAUAUGUACUGUUAAUGAAGUUAGGUGCUGUUCUGAACAUUAUUUGUGGCUAUAGAGUGGCGUUUUGGUUGAGGUUUGUUUGUGGCUCCUCAGAUUGCUGUGUAUUGCUAUCCUGCAGUGGUUACUAAAGUUGGUAUAACUAGAUUCAUCUCUCGAGGGGGUGUCUAACAAUGUGUUACGGUGUGUUUGACCCUAGAUUAAUUUUAUGCUGGGAUAUCCCUUUAAACCUGGUCAUGGUUAAACAUCAGUGCAUAUCCUGACAUUUAAAAAGUUGUGAAAUCCAUCAUCAAUAGGCUUAUAUCAGUGUGUCAUAUUUGCUGAAUAAUAAUGGUUAGGUGCCAAUCCCCCUUGUUUUGAUAUUUUAAAGAUGUGAGCAUUAAGCUAUAGGAAAACAUAAAAUAAAUGCCAUUAAUCUGAAUACUUUCUGAAUCUUAUUUAAGCCUCCACAGCCUGCUGAUAAAAAGGUCCCAAAGUCUGGCCCGACAAACCCAAAGAAGUCUGGACAUCCAUCAAAAACAGAUCGUCAUCAUAAACAGAAAGGCAAAGAAACAAAAGUUGUCUCCACAGCUCUAAAACCUCACACAGGUGAGUUUAUAUCUUUUGCUACUUACCUGAUUAAAUGUUGUUGAAAAUAUUUCUAUUAAUUAUUAUCAUUAUUAUAACUAUUAUUAUUAUUUUGUUGUUAUUGUUAUUAUUAUUUCAGUUGGGGUGUUUGCUUUUAGCAAGAGAAGCUGUAUUUCACCCUGAGAGUUAGUCUUUAAUAAUCUUUAAUGCAUCAUCUCAUUGCUAGUUAUCACUGAAAUGUAUUCAAAUGUAUUUGUCCAUGGAACGAGUUACUUGCCUUCUGAAAAAUAUUCUCCAAGAGUAUUUCCUGGUGCCUAGAGUUGUGUCCACACUGGGACUGACUAAUGCAGGGAUGGCAUUAAGUAUGUGUACAAGAACACACUAACUAAUAGUAUUUAUUUAAUCUCUCAGUUGUCACAAGCCAUUUCUAGUUUAACUUCUAAAAUAUUAGUGUAAUACAGAUAUCAAAGAAGAGGAAGAAGAAGAAGAACUUUAUUGAUCCCCGAAGGGAAAUUCGAUUGUCUGUUGUCUCACGUAAUAUGUCUAUAAAAGUUAUCUAUUAUUUACAUAAGAGUUAUAAAGCCUGAUGGCUGUUGGAACAAAAGAUCUUCUAAAUCUUUCUGUCCUGCAGCGAAGAGAGAGGUCAAAGUCCUCAUCAAAGUCCUCUUUAUACUUUUGUAACUUUAAAAAUGUAAUACAACUGAGAUGAAAAGUGUAUUUUAUUCUAAGGUUGAAACCUGGGGUGGCCAAUCAGAUUUCAAAAGAGGGAACUUUGUAAUCUCUGGCCACCCAGACAUUUGGACAUUUCCUUUGCAGAUGCUGACUCCUAACCUCUAACCAAUCUCUGUCUCUCUGUGUUUUUUCCAGCUGUGAAGAGGAGGAAAAGGAAGAUGGGAUUGUAUAAUCUGGUGCCAAAAAAGAAGGCCAAAAACAUUAAGUUGCAGGAGAAGGCAGGUUCAUUUAUAAAUUUAUUUAUCAAAGCCUUUACAACAGAGCUCCUCUAAGCCCAAAUGUUUACAGGAAAGGGAAAACCAUGUUUAUUUUUAGACACUAAUAUCUCUUGGAAUCAGAAUUGAUAAUUUUCCUCAUUUCCACCAGAGAGAAAAUCAAGCAUCCAAUCAGAUAAAGAACGGACCUGCAGCAGAUGAGAGGCCUGUGAUUCUGCAACAGACAGUAAAUGAACCACUGAUAGAGGAAGAACCUGAAAACAGCAGCCAUGUUGAAUACACUGAGCUGGCUCUUGACUGUCUGAACCUGAAGGCUCAGGAGGAGCUGCUCUCACCUCCACUGUCAGGUGAAGACAGAAUCAUGCUGAUCUGGCUACAGACUAUCACUGAAAGUCAUCUUGUUGCCACUUUUUUCUUCCACAGACCGUGUUGUCAUUGUCUUGGUUUGUUUUGUUUCUUUUUUUUUGUAUGUGUAAAAUGUCCGCAGAUGCAGCAGCAGGCACUGAGGUGACAGAAACAGACCUUGCAGAGGAGUUACCUCUGUGUUGCUGCCGUAUGGAGACUCCUCACAGCGGAGGCAGUCUGUCAACACUGGAUCAGACCUGUAUGGCCAUGGAGAGUACAGACGGAGUGGUAAAUAUUGAUGUGCUUUUAUGAUGCUGUUCCCUUGAUAGAUAACAGAAUAAACAGUCAGAAGAGGCAGUAACUUUGUUUUAUAAAAGAGACAUAACACAAAAGAACUGAAGAAGCCUUUUGGAAGAGAGGUGAAACAUCUUCAAGAACCUCAAGCAAGUCCAGUCGCCCUCUCAAUGAAGAAUCAGAUAACACAAAAUCUAUCAGUUAGAAUAGCCAAAACAGGUACUGUAUUUUCCGGAAUAUAAGUCACACUUUUUUUCAUAGUUUGGCUGGGUUUGCAGCUUACAUUCAGGUGUGACUUACAUAUAUUAAAAUAUGUAAUUUCACAUAUAGUCUGAUGACAGUCACACGGUAAAGGAAUCUGCGCUUCCUCCACUUCCAGAGUUGGAGGAGUUGUUCAGAAGUGACACAGAGGAUGAAGAAUUCGAUAACUUUAGUGAUUUUGAGUGAGAUAGAGAGUUUUAUUAAAGUUGUUUUUUAAAUGUUUUUUGUACUAUAGUUACCUGAAUUGUAAAUAUGUUACGUUAACAUACCAGACACCUAUUGAGUUUGUUGUUUAUGCUUCAUGUAGCUGAAUAAACAUCAACGUGUUACAUUUGCAUACCGUACACAUAUUCAGCCUGUUGUUCUCUAUUCCAUUGUUGUUAUUAUUAUAACUUGCCUUCCAAGAUUAAAUGUCUGUUCUUGGAUUUUUAAAAUAAAUUUCCCCAAAAAUGCGACUUAUACCAGUAUAUGAUUUUCUACUUUAUUAUGCAUUUUUUUGGCUGGUGUGACUCAUAGUCCGGAAAAUACGGUAUUUAUAAAAACUGAUUAUAGAUUUUUAAAAACAAUCACAGAAGGAAAGUUUUACAGGACAGCACACAGAAAAGCUCACAAAGAGUUUUGACAUUGGGAUUCUUGUCACACUUGCUUGUUUCAGAUCAUCAAACAAAUAUGAAUAUCAAACAGGGAUAACCUGCAUAAAUACAAAAUGCAGUUUUUGAAGAUUAAUUUUAUUUCUUAAGGGAGAAAACCUCCCAAACCAUCCUGGGUCUAUGUGAAAAGUAGUUGCCCCUGAACAGUGUUUAUUGUUCUCUGUCCACAGCUGAGUCGUUGUCAGAGAAGGGUGAUGAAGCAGGAAAUGAUGAGACCCUCCAACACGGUCCACCUGCUGGUUCUGUGUGAGGAUCACAGAGCAGGGAUGGUGAAACAUCAGUGCUGCCCGGGCUGUGGAGUAUUCUGCAGGACGGUGAGUGGACCCAAAGCACAAUGAUGCUGCAGACACACAGAGGGCUGACAUUAGUACUUUGGUAUUAAAGGGCCAUGAUCCAGUUGUUUAUUCAACAUUAAUAAAAAUAGGUUUUGGUUAAAUAUUUGGGGAGCACUGUUUUCAAUUAUAAAAUGACACCUGGACACAGUAAAACCUUUGCGUCUCAAUGUUUUGUUAUUCCUCCUGAUCCUCCACAGGGCACCUUCAUGGAGUGCAGACCGUACCCCAGCAUCUCCCACCGCUUCCACCGUGACUGCGCCUCUAUCCUAAAGGAUCUCAAGUUCUGUCCCCACUGCGGAGAAGAUGCCAGCGGAGCAAAGGAGGUCGUUGUAAUGAAGGCUGAUCCGUCUCCUUCAGUACCCAGAUCGAACCCUGGACCGUCACUUCCAGCUGUCGCCACCCUACCAUCCAUAUCAAACACUCCUGCUGUUCCACAGGUGCUCAGGGCAAAGAAAACCAGUGAGCCAUACAGAGGCAGGGAGGACAGCCCGAGCAGGUAUGACACCUCGUUCGAUACAGGAGACAACAUACAAUAGUUGUUAACAAAUUAAAAACGUUUCUCUGUUUCUUCAGAUUGAAGAAUGAAGCUGGGUGUAAUACUGACAGACUUCCCAAAGAGUCUUUGGAGAGCAUCCUGAUGGCUCUUGAUGAUGAGAAGUAAGCUUCACUCUCAAAUAUUUUGGUAUCAGAUUCCAAAAAAGUGCAUCAGUGGCCAGACAUUUUACACUGUGAUAUGAGGAAAUGAUUAAGAUGUUUUAUCCAAUGCAGCCUGAAGCCAAAGAAAGUGAAGUACCCAACCAGACAACUGUACAUGUCUGCCAAACAAGGAGAGCUCAAGAAGGUCAUUGACCUCCUGGGUAAUUGUACUGUUAUAGUAUUACUCACUGAAACAGCUUUAAACGCAACCUCGAUUAUGAUUUUUAGCACUGAAUGAUACUGAUUUUUCUGUUACUAUUGCAGUUGAUGGAAAGGAUCCAAACUUAUUAUCAGAAGACUACAACAAAUGUACCCCUCUACAUGCUGCAGCUGCUGAGGGUCACCAGGAGAUCUGCCAUAUAUUGGUCCAGGUAAGGAGACUCGUUGCAGGCUUGAACCACGGGCCUGUGUUUAUGAAGUGUCUGAGUACAAAAUAAGUCCUUACUUGUAGUCAAUUUCAACAAGAGUCGUGCUUCUAACAAGGCAGCGGGAUGUUUUUUUUUUGUUCUUUUUUUCAUUUCACACAAUAUUUAGGUUUUUUGGCAGGAAACCCAUGACAAAAUCCAAAACUAAACAUUUUCAAAAAAGUGUGAACUAAACUAAAAAAUUCAAAACAACAAAUGCAGAAAAUUACCUCAACUAAACUUAUCUGGUAAAAAGUGGACAACUCUCAUCACAGCUGUUUACGCUGUGCACCUUAAAUAUGUUUACACUGAUCAUGCAUGGUUCUGCAUUCUGAAACUUCUGUCUCAUUACUGCACAGCUAAUAAACCACUCUAGACAUAUCUGUUCCACAUGUUAACAGCGCGUGGAGACAUAGGUCAUAUUCAUUUGUGACCCAGUUCAUGUCUUUCCUGAAAACAGGAGAUUGUGUUUCCUGGUUUUGAGAGAUUUGAACAUUUAAACUCGGCUGUAAACAUGUUUAUUCUUGCUUUAAAAAUAACUUUUUAACUUAGGUGUUAUUGGGGAACCUUUGGAUUUUGUGGCCAGCCAGCAACUGCAGGUUUUAUUACUUCAGCAUUAACUUCCUCUUUUUAUCACCUAAGGCCCCUGCUUGUUCAUAACACUCUGGAUAUUAGGGGUGGGAGAAAAACUCGAUUCGCAUAAGUGUCGUGAUUUUUUGUUGAACAGUUUUUACAUCAAUUUUUAUGUUUAAAAAUUGAUUUUUUUUUUUUUUCAAAUUUAAGAAUAAACUUAAAAACAAACUUACAUGAUAUGUGUUGUUUUUGGGGAAAUAUGGUUCUUGGAAUAGUCAGUCGACAAUCAUGAUCAUUUAAUGGUUUCAAUGGUGUUAAAAAUGUAGAAUAAAAAUCGACAAUAUCGAAGAAUCGCAAUUUAAAUCGAAUCCAAAAAACCAUAGAAGAAUCGAAUCGUGAGAAAAGCAUAUCGUCCCAGCCCUAGUAUCUAUAGUAUCAUAUGGAUUGUGUUGUGGUGCACGGUUUGGCGCUGUACUUUAUUUUAUUGAUUAUUCUGUUCUCAGGCUGGAGCCAACCUGGACAUGUUUGACGAGGAGCAGAGAACACCCCUGAUGGCUGCCUGUGAAAACAACCACCUGGACACCGUGAAGUACCUGCUGAGAGCUGGGGCGUCUGUCAGCCACAAGGUAUGUCCUCAUGCACUCCCUCUCCCAGGGAAGGGAGUUAGAUCAUGUCAGACAGUGUUUCCUCAUCCUGUCAGCCUGAUGUGUACGCAUGUCAAACUCUGCUUCUUCAUCCAUAACUCUGUCCAGUCUCACGCCAUCACCUGCUGCCACUUCUCUGCAGCUGUAAAUCUUAAACCUUAUGAUAGAGCAAGACACAGAAAUGGACAUAUGACUCAGUAGGAGAAAUUUAUCAUUAGAGACAGAAUAUAUUCUAAGUGAAGUCAGCUUAAUGACUUGUUUCUUAAUUAAAUUUUUUCCCUCUAAAGUUUGAGCUAUUUGACUCCAGAAGCCAAUGAUAUGCUCUUCCGUUUGGACCUGGGCAGAGGUGGCAGUAGUGCAUUGUUAUUCAUUGUGAAUCAUGUCACCAUCCCAGGAUAUCAUGGGUUUCACCUGCCUGCAUCUGGCUGCUAAACUGGGACAUUACGACAUAGUCCAUCAUCUGCUCUCCAAGGCAUCCAAAUACAUCAACAAUCAGGUAAAUGCUCACAGGACUCCAUAAAACACCACAUUUCACCGGGAUGGAUGGGAUUUGCUGAUUACAGGCAGAAACCUUGAGCAGAACCAGACUCAUGGACAGUCAUCUGUCAUUAGAUAGAGGGAGAUGCAGAGAGAGAGAGAGAGAGACAUCAAUGUUCAUACCCACACUCAGAAAGCAGAUCUUUGUUGUCAGGUAUAUUAUACUUGAAACUUCUUGGACUAGAUUAGAUUAGAUUAGAUAAAAUAAUAUAAAAUUGGAUACAUUUGGAUUAGAUUAGAUUAAAUAAAACUGGAUUAUAUUAGAUAAAAUAAGAUUAGAUUAGUUUAAAAUUAAUUGUUGAUUUAAAAUUAAUUGGAUUAGAUAAAAUCUGUUUAAAUUGGAUAAAAUAAAUUUAGAUUAGAUAAAAUUAUUUCAGAACAUUUUAAUUUGGAUUAGAUCGGAUAAUAGUAGUUUAGGUCAGGUUAGAUGAAUUAAAGAAAUAUAAGAUUAGAUUAGUUUGGAUUAGAUUAGUUUGGAUUAGAUUAAACUGAACAAAUUAGAUUAGAUAAAAUUAUUUUAGAUUAGUUUAGUUUAAAUUAGAUAAAUUUAGGUCAAGUUUAGGUUUACAUUAGAUAAAACUAGAUUAGAUUAGAUAAAAUAAGAUUAAAUUCACUGAUUAGAUUAGACAAUUGGUCCAUAUAAUUUAGACUACAGUGUGCUUUGAAUGAAAACUAAAGCACUUCCUGCACUAAAAUCCAAACUGUAAGGACAGAUCAUUUGUUUAUGUGUAGAAUCAGAAAAUAGAGACCGGUUUUGCUAGCUCAACCAGAAAGUUAAAAACUUUGAUGUGAUUGGACAAUCUAACACAACAGACACAUAUACUACUGCUUCACUUGUCUGGCUGGUUGUCUGGCUUGCCUCCUGGGGGACAUACUGUUUGUUAAGAGUCACAAAGACACACUGGUUCAUUCACGAAGUGUUGCUAGUUUUGUUAAGGAUGAAAGAUGUUGGUGUGAGUCUUUGCAGCAGUUUUACAGAUUGUUUCUGUGCAGGACAACGGGGGGUGGACUCCCGUCACCUGGGCCAUAGAGUACAAACACAAGAAGCUGGUCCACCUGCUGCUGAGCAAAGGGGUCGAUGUAAACAUAAGAGACAAGGUCAGUGCGCAUAGCACACUGUUCACUUUCACACCACACGCUACAACACAGUGUUUUCACACUCCUUUCAACACUACAGCUGAUCACAGUCAGCUCCCUGAUAAGUGUGAUCCCUUUGGGUGCAUAUUUGUAACCACUUAACUGAGAAAAUGUGUGUGGUACUCGGUAGAUCAGAGGAUGGGGAGGGGGGGUGUCACCUUCAGCCAGGGAAGAAGUAGACUCUACUGAUUAAAAUUAAAGGUUCCAAUGUCAUUUAGCGGACGCUUUUAUCCAAAGAGAGGUACGUUUAAGAGCAAGAACAAUACGGGCAAAGAUCUAGACAAGAGGAAAUGAGUCCAUGGCAAGUCAUGAAUUCCUAAAAUUAGGUCUCAAGUUGGACUCUAGUAAGAGUCUCAGACUUGAGUACCAUAACAUUGAUUUUAUUACUUUUUAAAAUAUCCAUCUCAUAUCAAGUUCGGAUUUUUUCCCCUUUUCGCCUAAAAAAAGAAGAAAAAUAUAAAACACAGAGUAAGAACAUCUAAUCUAAUGAGCAGCUUCAUAGAGUUUCUACUGAAGUUUCAUGAAUAUCCAUUCAAAAAGGAUGAUUCUCUUUGAACAUUAUUUCAUUUGUUGUAUUUUUCUCAAGUUUUAGAUCCAUUUAAGUGCUAAGGAUUGUUUCCAUUGUUGAUAUUAGCUGUCUUCUCUAUUACUACAACCUGCUGGAAGCUCCCAGUGUGCACUCACUUGUAGACAAAAUGCAGAAAGCAUUGAUAGGUCAUGUGUCAUCUUAUCAAGACCAGUUUUAAGGCCUGGAGUUAAAAAAGUGCCACCCCUGAGUCUGAACGCCAUCUCUUUCCUGAUGUCUUUUUUUUGCACCACAAUCAGGAGGAGAAUGUCUGCCUGCACUGGGCGGCACUGGCGGGCUGCGAUGAUGUGGCUCAGGCCCUGCUGGAGGCUCGGUGUGACCUUAACGCUAUCAACGUUCACGGUGACUCACCACUUCAUGUCGCUGCCAGAGAGAACCACCUGGAGUGUGUAAUGUGAGUCUGGGAACUGAGUUUUAUUGCACCGUGUAGCUUUCAAUAAUGUGGAGGUCAAAUCAGUUUGUUGUGAACAGGAUGAGUUUGAUGACGUCUGGAGCGUAUCAUAAAAAGUUAGUCACUCUAACUCACUUUGAAACCUCUGCCUCUAAGCUGAAGUCAGUUUUUGUCCAACCCAUAUCUUUCUGAAAUGUUUUAAUUUUUGUUUCAUGUCUAAAUGUGCAUUAACUGCCUGACUGAGAGCUGUGGAAAUGAGAUGGUCACCUCUCUGUGUGAACACAGUGGGCAGCAACAGCCAGGGGUUGGUUUCUCAUCUCUGCAGCUGUCAGUGAAAUUUUCCCGGGCACAGUGGCGUAUACUAAUGAGCUCAGAGUUUUAAUUCUUUUCUCAAAGUCACGGCUGGAUAAGAAAGUUGUAAUUGUCUUAAGAACAAAACCCUGCAGAUGCGUAACCCCUGAUCAAUGUCAUUCUGCAGACAGUGUCAGAAUUGAGCUGAACUUUUUUACGAGUAGUUCCUAAAAGUCAGCAUGACAAAUGCACUGACAGAUUUAUGUUUAUAUCCUCUCCUCUCUGAGCUUUGUGCAUCUUGAACUUUUCUGCAAACACAUGCCGUACACCUGCAGUAGCACCUCUGUCCUUAAAAGUUAAAGAUUGUUUAGAGGUCUUUACAUCGGUUAGAAUGACCCUUUUAAGCAGCUGGAUGAUGCAGUAACCACAGGUGAAAAAAAUGCCAGGUGGUUGCUUAAUCAUUAAGGUUAAUCGUUAAUGCCUCUAACAGUCAGAGCGGCGCCAGCAGUGAUGCUGACGCUUAACCGAUCUGUCGUGGUGAAGAAAGAGCUGAGCCGUGAGGUGAGACUCUCGAUUUACCAGUCGAUCUACGUGCUGAUCCUCACCUAUGGUCAUUAGAUUUGGGAAAUGACCAAAAGAACAAGAUCGCGGAUACAAGGGACUGAAAUGGGUUUCCUUCGCAGGGUGGCCUUAGAGAUAGGGUAAGGAGCUCAGACACUCGGGGGGGCACUCAGAGUAGAACCACUGCUCCUCCACAUCGAGAGGAACUGAGGUGGUUCGGGCAUCUGGUUAGGAUGCCUUCUGGACGCCUCCCGUUAGAGGUGUUCCAGACAUGUCCCACCAGGAGGAGACCUCGUGGCCGGCCCAGGACCAGGUGGAGGGAUUAUAUCUCUCGCCUGGCCCUGGAGCGCCUGGGAAUCCCCCCGGAGGAGCUGGUGGAAGUAGCUGGGGUGAGGGCUGUCUGGGCUUCCCUCCUGAAGCUGCUGCCCUUGCGACUCAAACAAGUGGAAGAAAACGACAACGACGCCUCCAACAGUCAACCAACCUCAUAUUUGCUUUUGCAAAGUCCGAGGUAGACUUCCUGUCUGAGCCUAGUCCAGGGCUUGCGUUCAACAUCUUGUUUUACAAAUCGCCACCCAAAGCUUAGACUCUCCAAAAGAGAAGAAGACUUUUACAGCAAUGAGUUUAUGCUCGUUUUUGAGAAUCACAUAUGGCUGGAGUUUAGGGACAUUAAAGUUUGACCAAGUAUUUUACAUACUUUUUAUGUUUCCUGGCAAAUACUGUCCAGAAAUAUCGACAGGAUAUUAAUUUCAGCCUCAAAAUCCCCACAUUACUCAUCCUUUGCUACCCUAGUUUAUUGUGUUUUUUUAUUAUUAUUAUCAUUUUAUUGUGUCUGGUCCUUCCUCUGCAGGUUGUUUCUGUCUCGAGGAGCCGAUGUCAAUCAGAGGAACAGGGAGGGGGAGACGGCUCUGGAUUGCUGCAUCCACGGCUCUAAAGUGUGGACGGCCCUCAACACCAACAAGAAGCUUACUGACGCUAGACGAGGACGAGACUGUCAAGGGGAGAGAUUGCUCAGCAGGUAGACUGUAACACUGCUGUUUGUGUGUGCUGGCUGGGUCAUACCAUCAUAUUGAUGUUUAGUUUUUAAUAUUACAUAUAUAGGAGUGUUAUUUGUUUGCUGUCUGCUCUCCUCUCUGUUUUGUGGGAUUUUCAUUGACACUGUUCCUCCCUGAGUUCACAGCUGUACAUGUCUUUCUUAUGAAACUCAGACAGAAAAAUUCAAUUAAUCUGAAAACAGGUGUUUUUUAUGUUCCUUUGUUCAUGUGUCAUAAUUCAAACAGCUGUCACUUUGGGGUAAAUGGCUUAAGAGGAGAAAACACUGUUUAUAGGAAAAUGGGAGUUUAAGGGAGAUCUGAUACAGGUGCGUCUCGAAAAAGGACAUUUUUAACAGAUAGAGGACUCAUGAUGUGGGAUUUUAAAAAUUUCAAGCACUUUUUUUGUUAUAAUUUUGAAAGUUUUGGCUCCCCCUUGUGGAUGUGUGCAUGUCCUACACACACAUCCGCAGUCAUGACUUGACAAAUGUCCAGAAGACGAUCAUUGAGUCAUUAAGCCACAGAAGGUCAUCGCUCAAAAGGCUGGCUGCUCACAGAGUGCUGUACGGAAGCAUAUAAACGGAUAAUUGAUAGAAAGGGAAAAAUCGAAGUCAAGAAAAAGUGAUUCAAGAACUUUGGAGAGCUUCACAAGGACUGAACUGAGGCUGGUGUCAGUACAUGAAGAGCUACUAUGCAUGGACGACUUCAGGGAAGGGACUUUAACUGACACAUGUCUAAUAUCAAGAGGAGAAAAUGAGAUGGACUGUUGCAAGCAGUCUGAAGUCUUUUAUUCAGGUAAAAGUCAAUUGAGCAUUGCAUUUGGAAACCAAGGUUGAAGUCUGCGAUGACUUGAGAUACCAUGUGAUCAGCUGGUGUUGGUCUGCUGUUAAUAUCAAGUCCAAAGUCAAUGAAGAGUCUACUAGGAGAUUUUAGAGCACUUACUGCUUCCAUCUACAGACAAGUUUUAUGGAAAUACUGAUUUCCUUUUCCAGCAGAACUUUGCGUCUGCCCACAGCAAUAAAACUCCUACAAAAGGGUUUGCUGAUCAUUAGUGAUGGGCACGGCAGUUCUUUUAGAUGUACUGAAUCACUUGAAUCAGUUCAUUAAAAAGAUUCAUUCAAAAGAUUCUUUCAUCGAAUCUCUGAAUCAGUCAGUGCUUGGCGGGAGGAGCCUGUGACUCUGACCUCCUGAACUUAUACACAGCUGAACAGUUCAGGAUUCAGUUCAAUUCAUAGCUUCUGGGUAGGGGGAGAGCUAUAGCAUCUGCCCUGCUGACAGCUCAACUGAAGUGAGAAAGAAACAAAUCACUUGAGGAAGUGAUUCGGGUCAGUACGUUCACCCAAAAGAUUUGGUUCUUUUGAACGAAUCGUUCGUGAACAACAAAACACUACUUAUCAUGGUACUGUGACUUUUUAAUGUUUUAUAUACACCUGUAUAUUGGCUGAGUACCAGUCUAACCCAGAUCCAAAGAUAGCAUGAGUUAAAACAAUUUAUUAAUCACUGGAUGUCUGCCAUUGCCAAAUCUGUUAUUUUAAACAUCAGAGUGAAUGGCAUUGAUUUCUUUUCUAAAGUGAAUUGGUCCGGCGGUGUCAGGCUAAUCUUCUGACAUGUUGAAAUCAUAUUUUAAAACACUUUUUUUCCUCACCCCUCAGGGACAUUUCUCGAGGUUAUGAAGCCAUUCCCAUCACCUGUGUCAACAGUGUUGACAUCGAGCCGUGCCCUGAAAACUUUAAGUACAUCCCAGAAAACUGUGUCACCUCCCCACUGAACAUAGACAAGGACAUCACUCACUUACAGGUGAGACUUGAGGUUGCUGUAAAUUUUAUUACAGUGCCCUGAAGAGGCUGGAACCAGACACACAUUUAAUAUCCUUCUCUGUGUAUUUAUAGAAUAACUCUGAUGAUAUACCAUAUUUUUAUUAUUCAUUGCCAAUCCCAUGUGCAGAGACAAAAUAGCAAUGACUAUCCUGUUAAAAAGAACUGUGUGUAAAUCCAAAACCUGAUAUACCUCCAUCCUUGGUGCCAUACAGCUUCUAUUGUGUCCAAAAAUGUUUGCCAAAUGUUGUAACCCUUAGUCUGCUUUUAGAAAAUAACGACCUUUAUUGGUCGUCUUUUGACAAUGGGAAUGCAAAUCAGUGCAUACUGUACUGGAAUGAAGCAGACAUGAAAUAAUGCAGUUUCACAUGAAAAAAAUGUGGUUUGUAAGCUGAGCUCCUUGCGACCUUGGCUAACUAAAUAACUGUACUGUAUCUGUUUAAAGGAUGCAGUUUCAACAGCUUUAGCUUUACCCUGAAGAAUAAGGAAGUAGUUCACAGGAACUGUGUUUUUGCCAAACGGACAGCUUGCACAUGAAUCUCUGGUAAAUGUGUUUUUAAAGUUAGAACAUGGGACACUGGGCAGAAAAAGAGGAUACUAGUCUUAUUCUGUCACAUGGUGCUGCUGUGAACUUCUGCUUUGGACUAAGCUUAGAUAAGAUAAGACAAGCUUUAUUUAUCCCCAGGGUAAAAUUUGACUUGGUAAAAUGACAAAAAUGAGUAAUCACCUCAUUUGAAGUGCUCUGAUUUCUCUUUAUAGUGAAUUUUGGGAACUUAUUUUGUCAAAGACAUUAGAGUCUCUAAAUAUCUAAGUUACAAAAAGCCAUGAUAGCUCACUUGUGAUAUCUUGCUCAUCGUCUCUUUCAGCACUGCAGUUGUACAGACGACUGCUCCUCCAGCACCUGUGUUUGUGGUCAGCUGAGUCUGCAAUGUUGGUAUGACAGCGUAAGUAAACUCACACAAAAAAAAGCUUCAAAAUGCAAAUCAGAUUUUUAAAUUUAUUUUCAUUCAUUUCAAAUAUUCACCUUGUACCUGUGGUGCUCCAAAAGCAGCUGAAAAUUCAUCCAAGGAAAAAAAAUUGUUCUCUUUGUGUUUGUGUAGGAGGGUCGACUCCCUCUAGACUUCUGUCAGCGAGAGCCCCCGGUGCUGUUCGAGUGUAAUCACGCCUGCUCCUGCUGGAGGAACUGCAGGAACCGAGUGGUCCAGAACGGACUGAGGUGGGCUGUUCCUCUUUUUCUGGUGUCACUUGUAGCUCUUUAGCUCCACUCAGUAUACUAUUGCAUUUAUUUUAAUAAUAUUUUAGGCCUCUGGAGAUUUUAUAUAAAUUUUCCUUUUCCCUUUUUUAUGUCAGGGUCCGGGUGCAGCUUUUCAGGACACAGAAGAUGGGCUGGGGAGUCAGAGCCAUGCAGGACAUCCCUCAAGGAACUUUUGUUUGCGAGUGAGAACAGACUUUCACUUAGGAUAACACAUCUAUGUUUAAUGUUUUAAAAUACUAAAAAAAAAAAAACAAUGCUUUCACAGAUAUAUCGGGGAGAUCAUCUCUGACGCCGAGGCUGACAAGAGAGAGAAUGACUCCUUUCUCUUCACUCUUGACAACAAGGUAAUGAACUGUUUGAUACACUUGUUUAAAGCUAUGACAGGAAAUCACAUCCUGCUGUCUGCCAAUGAAAUGCUCAGAGUUUUGCUUUGAGUGUUGUUCCUGUUUUACUUUCAGGUUUUUCUUCACCUCAGGGGCUCCUCAAAUUUGAACAUUUGCAGAAUUUUAAACUGAUAUUCUGAUGCCAACAACACAUCUCAGAAGACGUAGGGACUUCAAAUUACUAUCCAAAAAACAAAAAAAGCCUUGGGAAAAAUCUUUUUAACUAAUCAUGGUACUUCGAAAUAAUCUUGUAACAGGCAUUCUGGAAAGGCUGAGUAAAUAUAGAGGCAGGUUAACACUCUCUGAGAGAUUUUGUGAGCAAAUGGUUCUACAAUUUCAGAAUUUUUUCAGAACUUUUAGUGUAAAAUUGGAAAAAAAGAAAAUGUAUGUUUUUCAUCAUCUACAUUUCAUAAUAUCCAAUAAUUCUGAGAAUCUGGAGACAUCUCUGCUCAUAAUGGACAAGGCUGAAAACCAAGUAUGGGGACAGUGGCCAGUAUUGGGUCAUUUAAAGAGACAUGACUGUGCUGGAGAUCACUGCAUGAGCUCAAAAUUUCUCCCAAAUUUUCUCAAAAAAUUCUGUGCAUAAAAAGGACCAGAUAUGCACGACUCAGAAACUCUGAUAACUUCUCUUGGCUGGAGUCCAUUUAAGAUGGACUGAAGGGAAGUGGAAAACUCUCCUGUGGUCUGUUGACACAAAAUAAUCCUGAAUAUGUUUAUUGGGUGCAUGUUUCAUACAAGUUACAAACAAGUUUCUUAAACAUCCACACACAUUCUUUUGUAUUUUUUAAAACUACUUAAUAUUGUAUACUGUAUGUUAAUUAAUAAAUAAUAAAUCAAUCUUGUGCAGGUUGAGGAUGUCCACUGUAUUGAUGCAAGACUGUUUGGCAACAUCGGCCGCUUCUUCAAUCACCUGUGUGAGCCUAACUUGCUGGCUGUUCGGGUGUUCACCAUGCACCAGGAUCUACGCUUCCCCAGGAUCGCCUUCUUCUCCAGCAGGCCAAUCAAAGCUGGGGACCAGAUAGGGUGAGUGAGAGGCAAACAAUCUCAAGCCUGACAGCUGUCUGCUCAACUAUAUCAAAGAGCAAAAUAACCGGGGGUUAUUAAAAAAAUGACGUAUAUCUCAAAUUUGGGGGCUGGUUAAGCUAAUAUUUACAAACACCAAUAAAAAGAUCCCUCAAUCCUGAGCACAUCAGCUGCAAGAUCAUCUCUCAACUUCAGCCAAUUGAUGCCAGUCUACCUCUAUUUCAUCAUUCUUAUUAUUAUCAUUAUUUUCAUUAUUCUGUAUUGCAGUAGAAUUGAAAGAAGUAUUGCUUUUGUUUACUUUUUAUAAUUGUUGUACCAAAGCUUAAAACACUGGCAAUCUUAUUUCCUCAUAAAAAGAGUCAUUAUUAGUGUUUUAACCUUCUCUGAUUAGACUUUCUCUAAUCUUUAUACCCCGUCUUAAAAAAUAAAAACAAAAAAAGAAGUUAGUUGACGAACUAAUGUCUCUUCCUCACCAGGUUUGACUAUGGCGAUCAUUACUGGAGGGUAAAGAGCAAGUUCCUCAGCUGCCACUGUGGUUCCCUCAAGUGUCGUCACUCAGCUGCCAGCAGAUAA